AUGUCCUCCAAUUCCACCAAACAGCGCCCCGUCAGCGUCCUAUUUGUCUGCCUGGGCAAUAUCUGCCGGUCGACUAUGGCCGAGGGUGUCUUCCGGAAUGUCGCCGAUGCCCAUCCUAUCAUCGCCGAAAUCGACUCCGCCGGAACGGGUGCCUAUCACUGCGGCGAGGGCCCCGACAGUCGGACCAUGUCCACCCUGCGCCGCCACGGCAUCACCAAUUACAAGCACGCCGCUCGCAAGGUCACCAAGGAUGAUUUCCUAAACUUCGAUUACUUGCUCGCCAUGGACAAGUCAAAUUUGAGCGAUCUGCUGGAUGUGCGCGAGUCGGUCAUUGCGUCGCUACGCCGCAAGGCCAGCCCCAAGUCCGCUGCGAAGAACACCCGUGCUGCAUCAGAGGCGGCCAUUGGCGCACAGGGCGUGGAUGCCCGGAUCGCCGAGGUGCGGCUCUUCGGUGACUUUGGCAAAGGCGGGAAGCUGCAUGCCCGUGUUGGCGGUGGUGAAGUCGUUGAAGACCCUUACUACGGUGGCGCGAAUGGGUUUGAGGAGGUUUACCAGCAGGUCGUGAGAUUCUCCGAAGGCUUUAUCGACUACCUUGAGAGCCAGGAGUAG